GAAGAGGCGGCGGCCGCACAGCACUCGGGGAGACGGAGGAGCAUAAGGAAGGGGAGAGGAGGAAGAAGGGGAGGAAGGAGCGGUGGCUCUCGGCGGAUCCGGGUGGUUCCCGGCGUCCGCAGAAUAUCCCGAGCUGGAAGGGACCCGCGAGGAUCAUCGCGUCCAGCUCUUAGCGCUGCACAGGACCACCCCCAUGUGCCUCCUGGAUGUGCAGUCGGGGUUAGGGAUCAAACAGAAUCUCCAAUCCGUUGUCUGCUGAGUGUCCUGUCUGGUGAAAGUCAUGUCCAUAUUGCCAUUCACUCCACCUGUUGUGAAGAGACUUCUGGGGUGGAAAAAAUCCGCUGGUGGCACUGCAGGGGCUGGCGGUGGUGAGCAGAAUGGUCAAGAGGAAAAGUGGUGUGAGAAAGCAGUGAAAAGCUUGGUGAAGAAGCUAAAGAAAACAGGACAGCUGGAUGAGCUUGAGAAGGCAAUUACCACUCAGAACUGCAAUACAAAAUGUGUGACAAUACCAAGCACUUGCUCUGAAAUUUGGGGACUGAGUACACCAAACACGAUAGAUCAGUGGGAUACAACAGGCCUUUACAGCUUCUCUGAACAAACCAGAUCUCUCGAUGGCCGUCUGCAGGUGUCUCACCGCAAGGGAUUGCCACAUGUCAUUUACUGCCGCCUGUGGCGCUGGCCAGACCUUCACAGCCACCAUGAACUUAAGGCAAUUGAAAACUGUGAAUAUGCUUUUAACCUUAAAAAGGAUGAAGUAUGUGUAAACCCGUACCACUACCAGAGAGUGGAGACGCCAGUCUUGCCUCCUGUGCUCGUGCCGCGGCACACUGAGAUCCUAACGGAGCUGCCACCUCUGGAUGACUAUACCCAUUCCAUUCCUGAGAACACUAACUUUCCAGCGGGGAUUGAACCACAGAGCAAUUACAUACCAGAAACACCUCCUCCAGGAUAUAUCAGUGAAGAUGGAGAAACAAGUGACCAGCAGCUGAACCAAAGCAUGGAUACAGGGACACCUUCCACCCCAGGUUGCUCCCAGCCCUGUCCAGCCUGGCCUUGGACACUUCCAGGAUCUCCAGCAGAGCUGUCUCCUAGUACUCUCUCUCCAGUUAAUCAUAGCCUGGACUUGCAACCAGUUACUUACUCGGAGCCUGCGUUUUGGUGUUCAAUAGCAUAUUAUGAAUUGAAUCAAAGAGUGGGAGAAACCUUCCAUGCGUCUCAGCCUUCCCUGACUGUAGAUGGCUUUACAGAUCCAUCAAAUUCAGAGCGGUUUUGUCUAGGUCUGCUUUCCAAUGUAAACAGAAAUGCUACAGUGGAAAUGACAAGGCGACAUAUAGGCAGGGGAGUGCGUCUGUAUUACAUUGGUGGAGAAGUUUUUGCCGAGUGCCUGAGUGACAGCGCGAUCUUCGUUCAGAGCCCCAACUGUAAUCAAAGAUACGGCUGGCAUCCUGCAACUGUGUGCAAAAUUCCGCCAGGAUGCAAUCUAAAAAUCUUUAAUAACCAAGAAUUUGCUGCUCUUCUGGCUCAAUCUGUGAAUCAGGGCUUUGAAGCGGUUUAUCAGCUUACUAGAAUGUGUACCAUAAGAAUGAGCUUUGUUAAAGGAUGGGGGGCCGAAUACAGGCGGCAGACGGUAACAAGCACUCCUUGCUGGAUUGAGCUUCACCUGAACGGGCCUCUACAGUGGCUGGACAAAGUAUUGACUCAGAUGGGCUCCCCUUCAGUCCGCUGCUCCAGCAUGUCCUAAAACUCUCCUCUGUCUCCAGUGGGCUAAAAGUCGAGUCCAGUCAACAGACUUAAUAUAACAGCUCGUCUGUCGUAGUAUUUGUGUGUGGUCCCCAUGAACUGUUUACUAUCUAAAAAGGUUUUUUAAAAAGAAAAAAAAAAAAGAGAAAAAGAAAAAAAAAGAAAAGAAAAAAGAAAAAACAGCACUUGAGGUCUCAUCAGUUAAAGCACCUUGUGGAUUCUGUUUCCUAUACUCUGAUUCUAGAUGAAAAUUUAGUGUAUAGAAAAGCCUUCUUCAGAAAGAAGGGACAGUUCUAAAGACUCUUUAAUGGUGUUUUUUUAUUGGGUAUAUAAUUGAGUGUCCUAAUGGUUAUCAAUAACAUGAAUAGCUAAGUAUAUAUAAUCUAUCAUGAUCUCAAAUAUCACAGUAUUGUGCUGUUCUACAUUUUAGUUCCCAUAAAUAGUCAUUUUUGUUUGGGGCAAGUAUCUCAAAAAAUUCCAAGACUUUGCUCCCUUGUUCUUUUAUAUUUUUUUUUAAUAUAAGCUGGUUUGCAAGUUGUCCUAAACGUAAAAAGACUUUCCUUAUAUAAAAGCUGAAUUUUUGCUGUGUUCUUAAGGAAAAAGUCCCUCCAUUGGAAGGGAAAAAAAUGUCUUAGGAUUCAUCUGUGAAGUCUUAAGACACUUUAUAUACUUAAUGGGGCCUAAAAUGAAUUCAUACUAUAAAUUCUGAGUGUCCAUCACACUUGCAGUCUACUUUUUGAUACCCAUAUGAGUUGAUGCAUCCGUUGCCAGCAGUAUUGCUGUCAGUGGUGUCAUUUGGGACAUUUUUUCUACCUUGGAUCAUUGAAAUGAGUGGUUUUUCUCAUGGACGGAGAAUUUACCAUGGCUUUGGAUAUUGAAUUAAGUGCACAAGGUUAUUGGCUUACCCCUUACAUCUGUAUUUUUUUUUUCAUUGAAUAAGUCUUACCCUUUAUCAUCUGUAUUUUUUUUCAUUUUUUUCACAUGUCACUAAAAAUAAUGGGGUUUAGUUUUUGGAGCCGUAUACCUUGAAAAAUCAUUUCCCGGGGUAAGCUAGACUCUUUUUUGUUUAGGUUUUAAAUAGAUGCAGCUUCUUAACAUAUUUCAGUAACAGAAUUUAAAUUUCUUAUCUGAGUAGCUUUUAUAGUUUACUUACACACCAGAUCAUACGCAUUCAUUAAGUCAUAAUGGGCCUUGUUAUUAAAAGUAGUUGCUUCUGCAAAACCUCUAGAAUAGUGGUUGCUGAGGUAUGACCAGCGAAGGAGGACUUCCAAGUUCUUCAUGACAGUGCAUGUUAUUGUGAACCCUUGGACACUACAGCUGCACCAUAUUAAAAAUAUUCUGAAAUAUAUUCUACAAAUACGUCUGGGUUGGGGCUGGGUUGGGAAAUUGUAUAGAAGGGUUAUUCUGACUUGAAAAAUACACAUCUUACUAACAAUCUUGUGAUCUAGCUGUCUGUCAUUCUUUUGUUAUUGUGGCAGUAGCAGGAUUGCCUUUGUCUGUUUUUUUCCAUUGUUUCAUCAAUUACACUAGUUCUGUACUUUGUAAGUACAGCUAGUGAUAACUUAGCUUUGAGAACAAAAAUGUGGCCAGUGUUACAGCUUUUAAUCACUUGACUGAAUUGAUGAUAGUGAUAUGGAUAUUUUUAUGCCAUAAUGACUAGGGCAUAGAAGCAAUACCAAAAAUCAAGCCUUGAGAAAGUGGGCCAGACACCUUUCAAAAAUUGGCAAAGCAGUUACCAGUUUGUGCUAGUUUUACCAGUAGACUAAUGUAUUGGUAGAACUUGUGAACCUAAGAGAUAAGCUUCAUGCGUGUUGCAUUUGCCUAAUAUGUGAAUACACUAAUAAAAGUUUUAAUUCUCACAA